GAGUGUGAGGCAGUGACAGCGAGCGAGGCGGGCGGCGAGGCGCCUGCGCGAUGUCCAGGCCGCUGAGCCCGAGGCGCUGAGCCAGCCGGGACGGACAUGCGCGGGAGGGCGCCGUGGGGAGCUGCGGCUCGGCCGGGGGAAUGAAAGCUACUGGUUGACUAAAACCCCUGGGCUUCCCAGUUUGGAGUCAUCCCAAAAUAAGGCACAAUGUCAACAGCAGGAGUUGCUGCUCAGGAGAUUAGAGUCCCCUUAAAAACUGGAUUUCUACAUAAUGGCCAAGCCAUGGGAAAUAUGAAGACCUGCUGGGGCAGUCGCAGUGAGUUUGGAAAUAACUUUUUCAAUAUUGACCCAAUAACCAUGGCCUGCAAGCUGAACUCCACUGCCGAGGCACACCUGCCAUCUCUUGGGCGUACGUCAAAAUCUGCUCCAGUGGAUGGUCACUGCUUUGCAGAAACUGGUCCACCCCAGAAAUCCAGCUUGCCCCCUCUUGUUAUUCCCCCAAGUGAAAACUUGGGACGACAUGAAGAGGAUCAAGUUGCAUGUGGUUUUAAGAAACUUUCAGUAAAUGGGGUUUGUGCUUCUACCCCUCCACUUACACCCAUAAAAAACUCACCUUCCCCUUUCCCCUGUGCGACUCUCUGUGAACGGGGUUCUAGGCCCCUUCCACCACUGCCUAUCUCUGAGGACCUCUCUCUGGAUGAGACAGACUGUGAGGUAGAAUUCCUAACUAGCUCAGAUACUGACUUCCUCUUAGAAGACUGUACACUCUCUGACUUCAAAUAUGGUGUUCCUGGCAGGCGAAGCUUCCGUGGGUGUGGACAGAUCAAUUAUGCAUAUUUUGAUACCCCAGCUGUUUCUGCAGCAGAAGAUCUCAACCUUGCAUGCGAUCAAGAUGGAAGUGUCCAAACUUCAAAUCCUCCUCCACCACAAACCCACCGAAGAUUAAGAAGAUCUCAUUCAGGACCAGCUGGAUCUUUUAACAAGCCGGCCGUAAGGAUAUCCAGCUAUUUACAUAGAGCGUCUCCGAAUUCCGAUGAAGACAAACCUGAGGUUCCCCCGAGGGUUCCCAUACCUCCUAGGCCAGUAAAGCCAGAUUAUAGAAGGUGGUCAGCAGAAGUGACUUCUAGCACCUACAGUGAUGAAGACCGGCCUCCCAAAGUCCCACCCAGAGAACCUUUAUCACGGAGUAACUCCCGCACACCAAGCCCUAAAAGCCUCCCGUCUUACCUCAAUGGGGUCAUGCCCCCCACUCAGAGCUUUGCCCCUGACCCCAAGUAUGUCAGUAGCAAAGCCCUGCAAAGACAGAACAGCGAAGGAUCUGCCAGUAAGGUUCCCUGCAUUCUGCCCAUUAUUGAAAAUGGGAAGAAGGUUAGUUCAACACAUUAUUACCUACUACCUGAGAGACCACCGUACCUGGACAAAUAUGAAAAGUUUUUUAGGGAAGCAGAAGAAACCAACCCAAGCACCCAAAUCCAGCCAUUAUCCGCUAACUGCAGUAUAGUUUCGGCCCCAGAAAAACUGGACUCCAAAACAAAAAUGGACAUGGGGGGCCAUGUGAAGCGUAAACAUUUAUCUUACGUGGUUUCUCCUUAGACUUUGGGGUCAUAAUUCGGCAGAGGUUACAUAGGAGGGAAUGGUUCUCAAGCAGUUUUCCAAUUUGAUUGAGAGUCACAGAAAAAUCUUUUAGAUUGCAGGAUAAAUAGUUAGACUCUCUUGGUCUCAGAGAGGGAGGUUUAGAGCAGUUGUGAGGUGCUGUUCUGCGAGAAGCCCUGAUUUUGUUAGCAUUGGAGAAAAGUCCAUUCAAGUCUAUAAUUUAAAGAUGUGAUGAUGGGAGGGGGGAUGGGGACACGUUUAUAUAUGCAUACAUCAUAUACAAUAUAUAAACUUGUGGUGUAACCAUUGACCAUAGUGGCAGGUUAACCAAUUAGGUUCUAUCUUAGAGUAAUAUAUAUAUUCAGAAUAAUAAAAACUCAAGUUGGAGAAAUGACUCUUGAUAAGACAGAAAGUUGAGCAAAUGGAAGAAAAUACAGUAUUUGUUUAGAUCAGAAUCAUUAAAAAUUAUUUUUAUUUAGUAGUUUUUAAGAUUUCUGGCUUUUAGGCUUGUUAUAUUUUUGUUUCCUUUAUUUUUGCAAAUGGUCUUUUCCUUUGAUGCAGGGUAUGCGUUCUUUACCAUGACUGUACCUACCUAGUUAAAAACCACCCCGAAGUCUGAUACUUCCAGGGUUCAUUUUGUUUCAUUGAGGGCAGGAGCUAGCAGUUUAUUUGGCAACCAUAUUCCCACCUGUAUGUGUCUCACAUUUGGAAAAACGAAAUGAUAAAAUCAGUAAAUAAUUAUUCUGUAACAAUUCCUGCUUUAUCCCACCCACUAAAAUGACCCACUGUCAUGCAUGCCCCACAGAGACAAUGGGGCCCGCUAGACUCGGCGGAAAGCAUGCUAGUUGCCAGUGUUCAGGAUGACAGUUUUAAGCAAUAAUGAAGCAGUUAGCUAUGUGAUUGAGAGUUUUUUUGUGUGGGGAUGUGUGUUGUGUUUUUUGUUUUUGUUUUUUUAGACUCUGUUAAUAAAUAAAUACAACACAAGCUGGCCUUGUGUUGCUGGUUCCUAUUCAGUAUUUCCUGGAGAUUGUUUGCUUUUCAAAGUAAAACACUUCUGACCAAUAGCACAGUAUGUCUUAAUUCCAGAGGUCACAUCAGCAUCUUUCUGCUUUUAAAACUCUCACAAGUGGCUGCUCCACUGCUUCAGUUCGAUCCAGUGAGACCUACAGCUUGUGCACAUAUUUUCACAUGCUUUAAUGUAUUUAUCUUGUACAGAUAAGCCCAAAAGAGAAGGUGCUCACUAACAGAGGUACAUUACCACAAUGUUCUCUAAACAGGUAAACAGGCUGUUUACAGUUUAAACUGCUGAAUGAUAUUAUUUGAGCUAUUUAAAGCUUAUUAUAUUUUAGUAUGAACUAAAUGAAGGUUAAAACAUGCUUUAGAAAAAGGCACUGAUUUCUGCAUUAUGUACAGUAUUCAUUUGUUGCAUUAUUUUGAAUAUUGUCUUUUCAUUUUAAUAAAGUUAUAAUACUUA